UGCACGAAGAAAAUGGCGAUAACUUUAUUUUGAAAAAAUUACUUUCAGUUUCAUCAUUAAAAAGGUGCCCCUUGAAUUGUUGGUAUUAAGAAAACAUACAUGUUUUCAACAUACCUGUUAAUUGAGGUGGCCCAGAUUAAAGAUGGCUAAUGGUGGUAUGAGUACUGCUGAGAUAGAAGCUGGUAUUAAGGGUAUGCUAAAUAUGUCAUUUCUUCAAAAAACUGCAGAAGAGAGACAGAUCUCAAAUUCGAAAGAAGGAGAGCUGAAAAUAACCAUUAGAAAUGAAAAGAAAGGGAAAUCAAGACAACAACAAGGUAGCAAAGAAUCACCUCCAGAAAAAUCUGAAAUUGAAUCCAAUAAUUCAUCAUCUAAAAAAGGAAAUGUUAAACGGGACAGUAAAAUAAGUAAGAAGAAAAUCAAGGAAAGUCAAUCUUCUAAAGUAUCUAAAACUUUAGAUGAAGCACAGCCAAUAGUAGAACAGAUAGACCUGGUUACACAAGCCACACAGCCAUGUGAUGAUCUUAAACAGAUGGGUGACCCUAGAAACAUGACAACACCCCAAAAUAGUUUUAAAAGUGAGCAGCCAAAACAAAAGAAGAAACAUACCAAUAAGAAUCGAUCAGGAAAUGGACCUAAAGACUCUAAAAAGGAGACUGGAAAUGUAACCCCUGCUUCUAACAAAAAACCAAGUCUAGAAAUAUAUAGACCUAAGUCAUAUAAAAACAAUGCUACAGGUUUACAAUUACAGACCAGGGAUGAUACACAGGAUCAGAACCCAAGACGGGGUCAACAAAGUCCAGAACCCAAUAAGACCACAGGACAGACACAGAAAGACACCCCUGGGAAGAGCAUUGGCAAAGAGGACCAAGCCACACAAGAAGAGCUAAUGGAUCUCCAAGAACAGUUUAUAUUCCCUUUGAAGAAGAAAUCAUUGAAGUUUCCCAAGGCACGUUUUUUCUGUCGUAUUUGUGACUACCAUUGUGACACAGUAGAGAUAUCAAAAAGACACUACAAGGACAAUAGGCACAUACGGCUUAUUGAGUUAAAGAGAGGAGAUGCAUUGUUGAAGAGCCUUCCUAAGCCAUGUGCCACCCACAUAGCCUGUCUGGAUGAGCUCAUAGAUGAAGUCUACAAUACACAGAGCCUUGGAGAAGAGUGUGUCAAAUCCAGACUAGAAUAUUUGGAUGCACUAAAGGUCUAUCUCAGGCAGAAACUACCAGCAUUAGAGUUGGAAGUGUAUGGUUCAACAGUGAGUGGGUUUGGCUUGAAGAAUAGUGAUGUAAAUGUAGAUGUAGUAUUACAACAGUCUGACAACCCUGCAUACAUACUGACUACCAUACACGAGAUGCUCAGGGAUAAUGAGAAUUGUUACGACUCCAUCCAAAGUGACUUCUCCGCCAAGGUCCCUUGCAUCACAUUCAGGGAGAGGUCCAGCAAGCUUUCCUUCCAGAUCUGUGUGAACAACGUGUCUGCCCACCUCACCACAAAGUUGCUGCAGCUCUAUAGUAACAUGGACCCCAGAGUCAAGAAGCUGGGUGUGGCUUUUAGAUAUUGGGGACAGUUGUGUGAGAUUGACAGGCAGCACGAGGGAACUCUUCCAUCAUAUAGUUUCAAUCUGAUGUUAGUUUAUUAUUUACAACAAUGUCAGCCCCCUAUACUACCAAGUCUGGAUCAGUUAGCAGCGAUGGUGCCUAAAAAUAUGAAAGGAAAUGUGUACACUCAUAUAUUUGAGGAUGAUCUCCAAAUGGACUGGACAACCAGUAAUACAUUUAGUGUGGGAGAGUUAUGGCUGGGUCUGCUAGAGUUCUACAGUGUUACCUAUGAAAUGACUAACUACAUCAUCAGCCUACGGGGAAAUAAUUUACUAAGACGAGAAGAAAAGAGAUGGAACAGUAAAAAGAUUGCAAUUGAAGAUCCAUUUGCUACAAAGCGUAACAUCACACGAUCAGUAAGCCAUUCACAGCUUUAUGAAUACAUAGUUGAUAGAAUAAGGGCCACAUAUAAAUACUUCAGUAUCCCCCAAACCAGGAAGGGACCAUUGUUCACAAAGGUAGACAAAACCAUGUCCAAAAGUGGCCCUAGAAAUAAAGCAAAAAAGACUGAAGCUAAGAUUGAAGACUUAGUUAAGAGUGAUGAUGUUGUGAUAGAAUCUGAUGAGAUCAUUGAUGAUAAUGAAGAGAUUGUUGAUACCAUUGAUAGACUUGUUACAGAUGAGGAUGACAUAGAAAGAAAUACACACAGUGAUGUUCCAAUUGCAGAUGAAGAUCUAGAUUCACUUGUAGAAUUGAUUGAUGACACGAAUUUAAAUGAUAGUGUUAUAAAUCAACAUAUAGAUACUACUAGUAUAGAGGAUACAGUCAAUAGCAAUUGUACCCAAACAAUAAAUGAUGAAGAACUAAGACGUUUUGCAGGAAAUCUAGUUAUAAAUGUAAUAUCAGGUGCAAUAGCAACUCUCAAGUCAGUAGAUGAUUCUACAUCAACAAGGGAGGCAGUCCAACAGCCACCAACAUGCAAAACUGCUAAGAAAUCUACAACCUCACAAGGUGGUGAUAAUGAACAAUUAGAGCCAUUCUUGCAUUUAGAAAAUGAUGAAGAAUUCAUAGAAUCUGCAGUGAAAUAUGGCAUAUACAGGGCCAGGAUAGUAGGCAGGCUUAAGCGGAGUGACUAUGCUUUCCUUUUCAAGACAGAGACACUCACCGAUGGAACGGGUCCAGCAAUUAUAUGUAGCAUAUGUGGGAAAGAAGGACACUUAAAGAAGAUGUGCCCUGAUGAAACACUGCCUGCCUUGCUGCCUUUACCAGUUCCUGGGAAGACCUAUAUGCAAAAUCUCGGUGCUGCGCUGCAUCAACUGGCAUUUGAAACAAUGCCCACAGAGCAAGAUGAUCAAAGAAGAGAGCAGAUUCUGUUAGAGAUAGAAGAAUUUGUGAAAGAGCUCCACCCUGAUGCCUCUCUAUCUUUGUUCGGUUCUUCCUGUAAUGGGUUUGGCUUUCGUACAAGUGACCUUGACAUCUGUAUGACAUUGGGACCUAAGACUUCAGAGGACCUUGAUUGUGUUGAUAUCAUAGAGAAGUUGGCCACUAAGCUGAGACAGUGCAAGGGUCUCUACCAGGUGGUACCUAUCACAACAGCCAAGGUGCCUAUAGUUAAGUUCAAACACAGACGCAGCCAACUAGAGGGUGACAUUAGUCUCUAUAAUACACUGGCUCAACACAAUACAGAUAUGCUGAGGAUGUAUAGUGAAAUAGACUCCAGAGUGCGGAUUCUUGGCUACUGCCUUAAACACUUUGCUAAGAUCUGUGAUAUAGGAGAUGCAUCUCGGGGUAGUUUAUCUUCAUACGCCUACAUACUGAUGCUGUUGUAUUUCCUACAACAACGCAAACCCGCUGUGAUUCCAGUCCUUCAAGAGAUGUACGAGGGUCCAGAUAAACCAGAAACACUAGUAGAUGGCUGGAAUGCUUGGUUCUGUCCAGAUGGAAACUUACUGACCAAAUUGUGGCCUGACUGUGGCAAGAAUAAAGAAAGCGUAGCUGAACUCUGGAUUGGGUUUCUGCGCUUCUACACAGAAGUAUUCAACUUUAAAGACUAUGUUAUCAGUAUCAGAAGUAUAAAGCCUUUAUCGUGCCUCGAGAAACUAUGGAAUGGCAAAUGCAUUGCAAUAGAAGAUCCAUUCGACCUGAAUCAUAAUCUGGGUGCAGGUGUAUCACGCAAAAUGAAUACAUUUAUCCAAAAGGCAUUCAUCAAAGGUCGACACAUCUUUGGUAUACCUGUGGACACCCUACCAAGAAACUACAGCAACCUUCUGGAUUAUCUGUUUGAUCCCAAGCUGCUAACUGAUGGUGCACCCCCAAAUGACAGAGGCUGUAGAAUAUGCUCAAAGAUUGGCCACUUUGCUAAAGACUGUCCUGUUGUGCAGAACAGAAAAGAAAGGGCUGCACGCCAGAGAGAGCAAAGGGAGCAAUGGGAACACAAACAGCAAGAAGGUGGUGAGUCCCCAGGGAAGUCUCGAGAUAACUGGAGGGACAACAGACCAGAUAGACCUAGAGACUCAGACAACAGAAACUGGAGGGAUAAGCAAGGAACUGAAGCGCGACCAAUACCAAAAACUGGUAACCAUGGUUCUCAAUCCCCAGCCUCCACACCAUCUCGUGGUGAACGAACCUACUACGGCAGCUCUAGUGGGCAGUCCCCUGUGCCCAAAUUCAAGCAAGUCUUUUUCAACAAAUCCAAGGGUGGGAGCCAAGCCAAGCCAGCUUCACCACAGAACAAAGGCAAGGGCAAGCAAAAUACACCCAGUCAGCAAGCAAACAAGGCCAGUUCAGCCAGUCCCAACAACAAGCAAGGCCCAGUCAAUCACCAGGCAUAUCAAGGCCAGGCCAGUCACCAAUCCAAGCCCAGUUCAGCCACUCACCGGGACAAGCAACAUUCAUCCAGGGGCAAGUCCACUACACCCAAGGCCAAGGCAAAAACAUCCAAGGACAACUCCAGAACAAUCAGUCAAGACCCCUAA